AUUCCCCGACACCGACUAAUUCAAUCAACACUCUAAAAUCUUUUAUACUAGGAGUUGUAUUCACGUCGUUAGUUUGCUAAUACGGUUUGUAGCUCGUAGAAGAGCCAUGACGCGGCCCGACUUAUAGCGAUUUCCCAGCUCGCAUCUAGAAUAUGUGGCUCGAUCGGCUUGCCGGUCAGUCAACCUCUCCCGCUCCCUCUCAGCCGGGUAGCCGCUCCUAUUCUCCCGCCCCCCGACGAACUACAAGCGGCCUAGGCCCCUACAUUACCUCGCAACAGAGACCCGGCCUCGGCAUCACCCCGAGAUCAUCAUCGUUGUCACUAGCAUCCUCCGAAUCAUCCGCCUCUUCUUUCUUAGCUUCUUCUAAAAGAGCCAAUGGGUCAACAUUAAAAGAAUCGAGGACAAUAUACAGCGGCCCCGACCCCAUAGAGAUUCUGAGUACGGUUUUAGGAGAUGACAAACAACAUGAGGGAUCGGCCACGAAAGCAGCGGCUGAAUCAGUUAGCUCUAUAUCAGCUGAAGACCUCCAGCUGGAAUUUGAUUUUGGCGGGUUGUCUAUCAGAGAGCUAGCAUUAUCGGAGGAGUCGGCGGUAGAUGGAGUUGGUGUAUAUAGACCGCAGGCAGCCGAAGAAUAUGACCGAGAUAAAGCCAAGUUUGAGGACUUACACCGUUCGAUACAAGCCUGCGACGAGGUGUUAGGUUCAGUAGAGGUUAACUUGGAUAACUUUCGAAACGACCUUGCCACCGUUUCUGCGGAUAUCGAGACCUUACAAGCACGAUCGACAGCCUUAAAUGUGCGAUUGGAGAAUCGAAAAUCAGUAGAGAAGGGCUUGGGACCUGUGGUCGAGGAGAUUAGUGUGUCUCCUACGGUAGUAUCUAAAGUCGCCGACGGUCAUAUCGACGAAUCAUGGGUCAAAGUUGUUGCCGAGAUCGACAAGAGAGCUUCCUCCCACAAGAAAAACGCAUCGAAUGCACAGGGCAGCAAGGGUUUGCAAGAUCUCGGUCCCUUAUUAGAGAAGUUAGUCCUCAAGGCUAUCGAACGGAUAAGAGACUUUUUCGUUUCCCAGAUUAAAGCUCUACGAUCACCACAUAUCAAUGCGCAGAUCAUCCAACAGCAGAACUUCCUCAAAUUCAGGGAUCUAUACUCCUUUCUCCACAAGCACCAUUCCGCCUUGGCCGACGAGAUAUGCCAGGCGUAUUUGAAUACUAUGAGAUGGUACUAUGCCAACCAAUUCGCACGAUACGAGAACGCUCUCCGCAAAAUCAAGCUACAUAGUUUAGACAAGACAGAUGUAUUAGGAAACGAGGAUAUGUCUCGCAAAGGCACCGUCCUUUCAAGUUCGAAAAUAGCUGGUCCGCCCCACGAUGCCUUUAACUUGGGCCGUCGGAUCGACCUCCUACGAACGAACAAUACAAGCGCCCUCUCUUCCUACCUGGCCGAAGAAGACCAGUCUACCCACUACCUCGAAGUCCCCUUCCGCAACUUCAACCUCGCCCUCAUCGACAACGCGACGGCCGAAUACACCUUCCUCGCGUCCUUCUUCUCUCCCGCCCUGAGCUACUCCGCCAUCUCGCGCCACUUCACCUACAUCUUCGACCCGACCUUCCAGCUAGGCCACACCUUGACGAAGACGCUUAUCGCGGAUACCUACGACGCCAUCGGCGUCCUCCUGGCCGUCCGCCUGAACCAGCACUUCCAGUUCGAGCUCCAGCGCCGCAAAGUCCCCGCCGCGGACGGCUACCUCAACGGGACGGCCAUGCUGCUGUGGCCGCGCCUGCAGUUCAUCAUGAACGCGCACUGCGAGUCCGUCCGCGCGCUGACCUCGGCGCUGCCCACGCGCCCGCCGACGUCCAAGGCGGAGCAGGGCAAGCUGUCCGCCGCGCCGCACGUCUGCACGCAGCGGUUCGGACAGCUGCUCCACGGCAUCCUGGCCCUGAGCACGGAGGCCGGCGACGACGAGCCGGUCGUCACGAGCCUCGGCCGCCUGCGCAGCGAGGUCGAGGCCUUUCUGACGAGGUACAGCACGGCGUUCGGGAACGACAGGAGGAAGAGGGAAAGGUUUUUGUAUAAUAACUAUAGUUUGAUCUUGACUAUCAUAAGCGACACGCAUGGCAAGCUGGCGGUGGAGGAGCAGGAGCACUUUGAGGGGUUGAAGACGGCUUUUCAGGAGGCGGCUUAAGAACCUAGGUUUGAUAUCGGAUGACUGCUAGGUACCUAGGUACCGACAGAUGGGCAGGGCUAGAUAUGAUGAGAUCGAAAAAAACGAUUAAAUGAGACUGCAGUUCUAAGGAUGGCUUCUGUUUUGGUUAUCAAAGAAGGAGUCGCUAAAUUUGAAUUCUUGAAUACCCCCGUGUUGUACUGUACUAUGGUUGUAAAAAUGUAACGUGUUUUAGUGUCAUAGACUUAUUCCCCAUCUAC